CCAUUCCCCCAUCAGCUUGAACAAAAUAAUUACAAAGUCUCAUGGACUAUUUUGUUGUUUCCGACCAAUUGUCAACAACAUUAUGGUAUCUCAUACUCAUGUUACUUGUCUAUAAACUCCUCGUCAAACACCAACGUAGUAACCAAAAAUCUGAGGAACCAAAACCAAAACUCCCUCCUGGUCCAACACCUUGGCCUAUAGUAGGCAACCUCCCUGAAAUGCUUGCAAAUAGGCCAACAUUUAGAUGGAUACAAAAAAUGAUGAAUGAUCUCAACACAGAUAUUGCUUGCAUCCGUUUAGGUAACGUUCAUGUGAUUACAAUUAGCGAUCCUGAAAUUGCACGUGAAUUGUGUAUAAAACAAGAUGCAAUUUUUGCAUCAAGACCAAGUAGUUGGUCAAAUGAGUAUGUUACUAAUGGUUAUCUAACCACAGCACUCACUCCCUUUGGAGAACAAUGGAAGAAAGUGAAGAAAGUAAUUAGCAAUGAGCUAGUUUCCCCUCUUAGACAUAAAUGGCUUCAUGAUAAGAGAGUGGAAGAAGCCGAUAACAUUGUACGUUAUGUUUAUAACAAAUGCACCAAAAUUGGUGGUGAUGGAAUUGUGAAUGUGAGUGUUGCUGCACAAUAUUAUUCAGGGAAUGUUAUUAGGAGGUUGCUUUUGAAUAAAAGGUACUUUGGAAAUGGUAGUGAAGAUUAUGGACCUGGCUUAGAGGAAAUAGAAUAUGUGGAAGCAAUUUUUACUGUUUUGCAAUACCUCUUUGCUUUUUCUGUUUCUGAUUUCAUGCCAUGUUUGAGGGGUCUUGACUUGGAUGGUCAUGAAAGGAUCAUUAAGAAGGCUUGCAAGAUCAUGAAGAAAUAUCAUGACCCUAUCAUUGAGGAUAGAAUUCAACAAUGGAAAAAUGGGAAGAAAAUAGAAAAAGAAGAUUUGCUUGAUGUUCUCAUCUCACUCAAAGAUGGUGCAAACAAUGCCAUUUUGACUGAGCAGGAAAUCAAGUCUAAUAUUUUGGAAUUGACACUUGCAGCCGUUGAUAAUCCAUCGAAUGCAGUUGAAUGGGGACUUGCUGAAUUGAUAAAUCAACCCAAGCUACUUAAAAAAGCGACUGAAGAAUUAGAUAGUGUAGUUGGAAAAGGAAGGUUAGUGCAAGAAUACGAUUUUCCCAAACUAAACUAUGUGAAGGCAUGUGCAAAAGAAGCUUUUCGUCGUCACCCAAUUUGCGAUUUCAACCUUCCCCGCGUUGCAAUGAAAGACACAAUUCUUGCUAAUUACUUUAUCCCAAAAGGUAGCCAUGUUUAUUUAAGGAGACAAGGACUAGGCACAAACCCUAGAAUUUGGGAAGAACCGCUUAAGUUCAAUCCAGAACGACAUCUUAAGAUCGAUGGAUCUAAUUUGAGUUUGGCAGAUCCCAGUUUGAACGUGAUUACAUUUGGUACCGGAAGGCGUGGAUGUUCAGGGGUCAUGCUUGGAACUUCAAUGACUAUUAUGUUAUUUGCAAGGUUGAUCCAUGGUUUCACGUGGAGUUUGCCACCAAAUCAGUCUAAUAUUGACCUCUCUGAAUCUCAUGGAGGAACCACAAAAGCUAAGCCACUUGUGGCAGUGGCAAAACCAAGAUUGGAACCAAAGAUUUAUGGUUUAUAUUAA